AAAAAAAUAAAAUCAAAUAAAAAGAUAAAAGAAAGAACCAAACAAGCCCUUAAUAUAAAUAAGACUUAAAACAGAGCAAUAUAUCCAAAUCAAAAGAACUCAACAUGGGUAGGUUCCCACAUUUCUUCUCUCUCCUACCCAUUUUCUCUCUUACAGUCAUCUUCCUCAGCACCACCAUAGCACCACCACAGCCCGCGGCUUCGCUUCCACUCUCCACCGAUUCGCGGUGGAUCGUGGACGAAACAGGGCGGCGCGUGAAACUCUCAUGUGUGAAUUGGGCUUCUCAUCUCGAUGCUGUGGUGGCAGAGGGACUUAGCAAACAACCGAUUGAUUCAAUCUCAAAGAAGAUUGUGUCAAUGGGAUUCAACUGUGUUAGGCUCACUUGGCCUCUUUUCUUGGCAACGAACGAUUCAUUGGCUAACACAACUGUUAGACAGUCUUUUAGGAACCUUGGUUUGAUUGAAUCGAUUGCUGGUUUUCAAGUCAACAACCCUUCUAUCAUUGAUCACAGCCUUAUCAGUGCUUUCCAGGCAGUAGUAUCAAGCCUUGGGGAUAACAAUGUAAUGGUCAUAUUGGACAAUCACAUCAGCAAGCCUGGUUGGUGUUGUAGUAAAUUCGACGGCAGUGGAUUCUUUGGAGACCAGUACUUCAAUCCUGACCUUUGGAUUAAAGGCCUAAGCAUGAUGGCCUCUUUGUUUACGGGCACCUCCAAUGUUGUUGGGAUGAGCUUGAGGAAUGAACUUCGUGGCGCCAAAGAAAAUGUCAAUGAUUGGUACAGGUACAUGCAGAAAGGAGCGGAAGUGGUUCAUGCAAUAAACCCUGAUGUUCUCAUCAUUCUUUCUGGAUUGAGUUUCGACAAAGAUUUAUCCUUCCUCCUCAACCGCCCAAUGAACCUAACGUUCACCGGAAAGCUAGUGUUCGAGGUGCAUUGGUAUGGGUUUUCUGAUGGGUCGGCAUGGAAAACGGGCAACCCGAACCAGGUUUGUGGGCAAGUGGUAGAUCAAAUGAUGAGGAAGGCAGGGUUUGUGUUGGACCAAGGGUACCCCUUGUUUAUGAGUGAAUUUGGGGUGGACCUAAGGGGUACAAAUGACAACGACAAUAGGUACCUAAAUUGUUUCCUGGGUGUGGCUGCUGAACUUGACUUGGAUUGGGCCUUGUGGACACUUGCUGGGAGUUAUUAUUUGAGAGAAGGGGUGAUUGGGUUAGAGGAGUUUUAUGGGGUGUUCAAUUGGAAUUGGUGUGAGGCUAGGAAUUCAAGCUUCUUGGAAAGGAUCUCUGCCAUUCAAUUACCCUUUCAAGGGCCAGCCCAACAAGGAGCCAAACAACACAAAGUAAUCUUCCACCCACUAACUGGUCAGUGUAUCCACAGAAAAUCACUAUUGGAGCCACUGAAGCUAGGUCCAUGCACAGACUCUGAGGCUUGGUCCUACAACACACAACAAAAGACACUAACCAUAAAAGGAACCUAUUUUUGCUUACAAGCAGGAGGGCUAAACAAACCAGCAAAACUUGGUGUGAUUUGCAGUGACUCAACUUCAAAAUGGGAGCCCAUCUCAGACUCUAAAAUGCACCUCUCGUCCAAGCUCACCACCGAUGGCGCCGCCGUUUGCUUGGAUGUGGACCCCAGUAGCAAUAUUAUCGUCACGAAUAAUUGUAAAUGCUUAAAUAGGGAUAAUAUGUGCGACCCGGGAAGUCAGUGGUUCAAAAUUGUUAAUAGUACUAGAAGUUCGAGUGUGACCACACCUUUCGUUGGAUUCAACUCGGUGUUCAAUUUCUUGAGAAACAACAUGCUUGGGAGUUUGGUGGAUUCAGCAUGAGAAAGAGAAGAUAGUGAUGUAUUUAGACAUUGAAGAAAUUUGUGAAAAGAACAGUACGUACAAGAAAUCAUUUAUUGAAGAAGUUUAAUCAAGUUUCAUAUUGUUGAAGCAAUAAAUCAUGGGCAAAUUACAUCCAUAGUCCUUAUAUUUUGGUUCUUAUGUCAUUUUAGUCCCUAUAAUUCUAGUUGGCUUGAUUCUGACCAUAAA